GACUACAAUAAUACGGGGAUGGGAAACAAUCGGGAAGAGCCACGUGAGUGAGAGGAAGGAAAACGACGGCCAGUGAUGGAAGAAGGAGUGUGGCCGUCUGAAUUCGUGGUCAAAGCUGACUGGGAAAGGAAUGAAUGAACAAAUGUUGGGGCACCGAUAAACCCUCCCGCAUUGGCGCCAAUGCCUCCGCCCAAUAAAAAUCUUCCCUCUCCUCUACCACCUUUUUUUCUUCUCUGACAUAUCACGCAAAGUAGUAUGCCACGCCAUGCCUUCCCACCCCAAAAUGUCAAAAAGCCCACCGAAUCGCGCCACUUUUUCUGCCCAAAAUCGUCAUUUCCGCAUCGUCUCGAGGACUCCCCCUGCCCCCCCUCUUCCUCGAUAUAUGGACACAUCACUCACAACUCUCUCACACCAAUCUCCGUCGCUCGCCUUUCCCCCGCCGGAGCAACCGCAAUGUCUUCGUUCCGCGUCGUCGUCUUCCUCCUCCUCCUUGCCGUCGCCUCCGCCCACGACUACCACGACGCGCUCCGCAAGAGCAUACUCUUCUUCGAAGGCCAGCGCUCCGGCAAGCUCCCUCCCGAUCAGCGCGUCAAAUGGCGCCGCGAUUCCGCAUUGCGCGACGGCUCCACCGUCGGGAGGGAUUUGACGGGAGGCUACUACGACGCCGGAGACAACAUCAAGUUCGGGUUCCCGAUGGCGUUCACCACCACGCUGCUGUCGUGGAGCAUCAUCGACUUCGGGAGGACCAUGGGGCCGGAGCUGAAGAACGCCGUGAAGGCCGUCCGGUGGGCGACGGACUACCUCCUCAAAGUAACGGUCGAUCCAGGCGUCGUCUACGUGCAGGUCGGCGACGCCUUCUCCGACCACAACUGCUGGGAGAGGCCGGAGGACAUGGACACCCUCCGCACCGUCUACAAAAUCGACCGGGACCACCCCGGAUCCGACGUGGCAGGCGAAACCGCCGCUGCUCUCGCUGCUGCAUCCAUCGUUUUCCGGUCACGUGACCCUUCCUACUCCGCACUCCUCCUCAAUCGUGCCGUUAGGGUGUUCGAGUUUGCGGAUACGCACAGGGGCGCGUACAGUAGCAGCUUGCACGCGGCGGUGUGUCCGUUUUACUGCGACGUCAACGGUUACCAGGACGAGUUGCUUUGGGGGGCGGCUUGGCUACACAAGGCAUCCCGGCGGCGGGUGUACAGGGAGUACAUUAUUAAAAACGAGGUCGUUUUGCACGCCGGAGAUACCAUCAACGAGUUCGGUUGGGACAACAAGCACGCCGGCAUUAACGUCCUCAUUUCUAAGGAAGUGUUGAUGGGAAGAGCAGACUAUUUUGAGAAUUUCAAGCAGAAUGCAGACGGGUUUAUCUGUUCUUUAUUGCCUGGCAUUUCUCAUUCUCAAGUUCAAUACUCUCCAGGCGGGCUGAUCUUCAAGGCCGGCGGGAGCAAUAUGCAGCAUGUAACCUCCUUAUCCUUCCUACUUGUGGCUUACUCCAAUUAUCUCAGCCACUCCAACAAGGCUGUCCCUUGUGGUUCCCACUCUGCUUCCCCUGCUCUCCUCCGCCAGCUCGCCAAACGUCAGGUGGAUUACAUUCUGGGAGAUAACCCGCUGAGGAUGUCGUACAUGGUGGGCUACGGUGAGCGUUACCCGCAGAGGAUCCACCACAGGGGCAGCUCGCUACCCUCAGUUAAGGCCCACCCGGCCCGGAUCCAUUGCAAAGAAGGCUCACUCUACUUCCUCACCCCGAACCCCAACCCGAACCGGCUCGUUGGAGCUGUGGUUGGUGGGCCCAAUGUCACUGAUGCUUUCCCCGACUCCAGGCCCUACUUUCAGGAGUCUGAGCCCACUACCUACAUCAACGCUCCUUUGGUGGGCCUACUUUCCUACUUCUCAGCCCAUUCAUGAUUCAAUCUCUCCCCCUCGCCUCUGCCCAACAUCGUUAUCGAUUUUGCGGUUCCCGCCAUCUUAUUGUCUACGUUUAUUUGUCUUAGUAGCUAGUGGUAGUGGUGUGCGAAAAUUGUCACCCUGCCUUCCUUUCCCCACGCAAAUCUUCCUUCCUUAGUAUUGAUAUUGUUGCAAUAUUGCCCUCUUUGUAAUUGCUCACGAUCCUUCCUAAUUCCUACCUUAGAAUGUUCAAUGAAAAGGGAGAACGUAUUGUUGAAAGCCGGGUGUUCACUUAUUUCCCAACAAUCUCGUAUCUUGAUUGGACAAAGGAUACACGCUAUAAAUACAAUGCAAAAUG